AUGGCGCCUUCAGCGACAAACACCGACUGGACUGUCGGCUUCGACACCCUCAGACGAGAGAAACUGUUCAAGAACCCGCCAAAGGACCGCUCUGCUUAUCCAUUGCUCGAUGCUGCCGUGCGGCCUCACAUUGACUCCUUCAAUGCGCUCUUCGGCGACAACAAGAUCAUCGAGGAGGCCUUGAAGGACGUGGGCACCAAGACAUUUAUCGACGGAGAAAACGAGAGCCCCGAGGUGAGGCAAGCGAGAUUGGCCAGGGGCGACCCGCCUCCUCAUCGGAAUCGUCUCAAUGUGCGAAUCACCGAGGUCUUCCUGGACAAGGCCGUCCUUCCUCCCACCAACAAAUUUGUGCCCCGGAAUGGAAACACGGACUAUCGUACCAUCUACCCAGCCGAAUGCAGAGAACGACAUGCGACCUACCGAGGCCGAUUGCGCGCCAGACUUCAAUUUCAAGUGAACGAUGGUGAAUGGAAAGAGUCCAUCCGGGAGAUGGGUCAGCUUCCUUUGAUGUUGAAGUCCAAUAGGUGCCACUUGGAGAACGCGACUCCGCAGCAGCUAGUAGAUCGCAAGGAAGAGUCUGAAGAACUGGGUGGAUACUUCAUCGUGAACGGAAACGAAAAGUUGAUUCGAAUGUUGAUCCUGCCGAAGCGAAACUAUCCCCUGGCCAUUGCUCGUCCAUCAUUUCAAAACCGUGGCGUCGGCUUCACCAAAUUCGGUAUCCAGAUCCGAUCUGUUCGACCAGAUCAAACUUCGCAGACAAACGUUAUCCAUUAUCUGAACGACGGCAACUUGACAUUCCGCUUCUCCUACCGCAAGCAAGAGUACCUGGUCCCAGUCCUCAUGGUUCUCAAGGCCCUCGUUGAAACCAAUGACCGCGAGAUCUUUGAGGGAAUUGUCGGCGGCGUCUCGUCUAAUGGUAUCAAGAAUACCUUCAUUACUGACCGUGUGGAACUUCUGUUGAGAACAUACAAGGGCUACAAGCUUCACUCGCGAUCAGAGGCAAGGGCCUACCUGGGAAAGAAGUUUCGCCCUGCGAUUCUUGCUCCUCCUCAUUGGACAAAUGAACAGUGCGGAACUGAGUUUCUUCGCAAAAUUGUGUUGCCGCACUUGGGCAACCAAAGUGUGACAACUUCUCAGGACUAUGACAAAUUCAAAAUGAUGAUGUUCAUGAUUCGAAAACUCUAUGCAUUUGUUGCUGGCGAUUGCGCCGCCGACAAUCCUGAUGCCAUCUCUAGCCAGGAAGUUCUACUCGGUGGAUUUCUCUAUGGAAUGAUCUUGAAAGAGAGACUUGAAGAAUGGCUACUAUCUUUUGGAAAGUUCACGCGCGAGUGGUCCACGAGAGGCGGCAAUCUUAAAUUUACCGACCCUUUAUUCGAAAGAGAUUUCUUAGCAAAGGUUGUCAAACGAACCAACGAGAAUGUCGGUGGAGCAUUAGAGUACUUUUUGUCAACGGGAAACCUGGUCAGUCCGACGGGAUUGGAUAUGCAACAGGCUUCCGGCUAUACCGUCGUCGCAGAGAAGAUCAAUUUCUAUCGAUUCAUCGCCCACUUCCGCAUGAUUCACAGAGGUAGUUUCUUUGCUCAGCUUAAAACCACCGCAGUGCGAAAGUUGCUUCCUGAAAGCUGGGGCUUCCUCUGCCCCGUCCACACGCCUGAUGGUUCUCCGUGUGGGUUGCUGAACCACUUGGCACAUAAAUGCUUGGUUGCCACCAAGGAUAUCGAUGUAUCUCAAAUCCCACGCGUUCUUGCCCAGCUGGGUAUUCGGUCAGAUGCUUCGGCGGAUGUGAAUGAGUCUGUGACAAUUCAACUCAAUGGGCGCAUUGUCGGCUACUGCUCCCCCAAGCAGGCAAAAAUGAUUCACGAUACCCUGCGAUUCUGGAAAGUCGAGGGAACGCACGAUAUUCCGAAGGAGCUUGAGAUUGGUUAUGUGCCAAACUCUAACGGCGGUCAGUACCCAGGAAUUUACAUGUUCUCUCAGGCGGCGCGAAUGUAUCGACCUGUCAAGUACUUGGCGCUCGACAAACUCGACUAUGUCGGUCCCUUCGAACAGCCAUUUAUGGAGAUUGCAUGCCUGGAUUCCGACAUCAGAUCCGGUAUCUCCACGCAUAUCGAAUUCACGCCAACCAACAUUUUGUCCAUCCUAGCCAAUAUGACGCCCUUCUCCGAUAAUAACCAGUCUCCUCGUAACAUGUACCAAUGCCAAAUGAGCAAACAGACCAUGGGAACCCCGGGAACAUCCGUUGCUUAUCGUACAGACAACAAGUUGUACCGACUACAAUGUGGCCAGACUCCUAUCGUUCGGCCGCCGUUGUAUAACUCGUAUGGGUUGGACAACUUCCCUAACGGCACUAACGCUGUCGUUGCUAUUAUUUCCUACACCGGUUACGAUAUGGACGACGCUAUGAUUAUCAACAAAUCGGCACACGAGCGUGGAUUCGGUAAUGGAACUAUUUAUAAAACCAAGUUCUACAACUUGGACGACAAGGAUUCCCGACGGGCCAAGUCUAAGCGCGAAAUCUCCAAGCUCUUUGGCUUUGCCCCGGGAUCAGAGAUCAAGGCUGAGUGGCGGAAUACUUUGGACGAGGAUGGCUUGCCUCAUGCUGGCGUCAAGGUCCAAGAAGGUACUUUGAUUGCAGCCUGGCAUACGGUUCGCUUUGACCCUGCUAGCGAUACAUACGUCAACGUUGACGGGCAAACGCAUUUCCUCAAAUACAAAGAUACGGAGAACGGAUUCGUUGACACUAUUCGCCUUGUCGGUAAUGAGAACGGAAAUGAGCCACUUCAAGCGAUCAGUAUCAAAUAUCGUAUCCCUCGUCGACCCAUUAUUGGUGACAAGUUUUCUUCUCGUCACGGUCAAAAGGGUGUUUGUUCGCAAAUGUGGCCUCAGAUCGAUAUGCCUUUCUCUGAGACCGGUAUUCAACCAGACUUGAUUAUCAAUCCUCACGCUUUCCCAUCUCGUAUGACCAUUGCGCAGAUUAUCGAAUCCAUGGCUGGCAAAGCGGGUACUCUUCACGGCCACCCUCAAGACUGCACACCCUUCCAGUUCAGUGAAGAAAACACGGCGGCCGACUAUUUUGGCCACCAGCUUCGCAAGGCAGGAUACAACUACCACGGAAAUGAGCCGAUGUACAGUGGUAUUACCGGAAAGGAGUUUGCCGCAGACAUCUUCCUUGGUGUUGUCCACUACCAACGUCUACGUCACAUGGUGAACGAUAAGUUCCAAGUGCGUACCACCGGUCCGGUCAACAGCGUGACGGGACAACCGAUCAAAGGUCGUGCCAAGGGUGGUGGUAUUCGAGUGGGAGAAAUGGAACGUGACUCUCUUCUGGCCCACGGCUGUGCAUUCCUUCUGCAGGACCGACUGAUGAACUGCUCGGACUCGCAACGUGCCUGGAUCUGCCGGGACUGCGGCUCGUUCCUGUCUACCCAAGUCGCCGUCUCCUCGCUCGGUGCCCACAACGCCAGCAAACUCGUCGCGAACCAAGGCGCAAUCGCUGCUGCUGCACAGGUUGCGCCCAACCAAACCACCCCCGUCAGUGGCGUCGGUGCCGUCGGCGGCACAAACGGUAUAGUCCGCUGUCGCCGCUGUGCGCGUGAAGCCGUUUUCGAGGACUCGCGCGCCGACAUCUGGGAAGAUGGCGAGGGCAAGCGCUUCGUCGGAGGCGACUCUGCCACUGUCGUCGUCGUGCCCGGUGUGUUGAGAUAUCUCGACGCCGAAUUGGCCGCGAUGGGUAUCCGGUUGAAAUUCAAGGUUGACCAUUAA